AAUGAAAAAAUAGUUUCAAAACGUUUAACAGUUUGUAAAAAUUAUACGAAAGCUGAAAAACGAUAUUGAAAAUAAAUGAAGGAAGGUAACGAACGAAUGAAGUUAAAGGAAUGAAGGCGGAAUACUUAACUUCGACAUAUACUUCAAUCAAUAAUUAAUCAUAAAAUUGAAUUCAUUUAAAUUAUUAAAAAAUGCCUAUUAUAAUUAUUAAAGAUUAUAAAUGGCGUGAAACAGUAGAUUACGUUAUAGUAUAUGUGCCAUUCAAGAGUCGUCCUAAAAAAAUAGAUUUUUUGGUGAUCGAUAAUUAUUUAAAGGCAAGUUGUCCGCCAUUUUUAUUAGAACUCUUUCUUUGGGCCAAUAUUAUCGAGGAAGAAAGUACGUGUAUAUUAGACGAAGACAAGGUUAUAUUUUCUUUACGAAAAGCGAACGUCGCUUUAAAAUGGCCUAAAUUAGAAUUGGACGAUCUUGAUAAAGAUACUAAAAGAAAUUAUCGAAAUAGAGCAUUAGAACGUAUUCAAAAAGUUACAGAAGAACGGCAAAAAGCUCAAAGCGAGAAACGACAAUAUUUGAAAAAGGAAGCAGUAAAGGCACAAAUAGAUUUAGAUACUGCAGUUUUGAAUAAAAUAAGUGCUAUGAGAGAUAUCCAUAGAAAAGAAGCUAUGGAAGCUUUAGAAGAUUGGAGAUCCAAAGCCGAGUUACCGAUUUUAAAAUAUGAACAAGGCAUAACUCAAGAAAAUCGUAAAGCGUAUAAGCCACCGUUAAAAUGGUUUAAAGAUGACAUCACCGGUAUGAUGAAGAACAGGCCAAUGACCGAUCAAGAAAUUUUCGUUAAUGACGCAAAGGGUUGCAGUGAAGGUAGAAAUGAUAGGGAAUUAGAAUGGAAGGAGACCGAGGGAAAAGAAUUGUUUCAUAAAUACGAAUUUCCAAGAAAAGAAGAUGGAUCGAUCGAAUCUAAUGCAAAGUUAAACGAUACGACGAACGAAAAUGAAUUAGAUGUUAUACAGGAAAGAAAUAUUUCGACGGAUAGCGAAUCGGAUUCCGAUCGUGAUUCGUACGACAAAUUAAUUAAAGGCAAGAUAUUGCGUAAGCCGUCUUCUUCGAAAAAUAUUCGCACUCGUGGGCAAGAAAUAAUUGAUAGAAUAUUGAGUGGAAAACUACGUAGAUUGAACCAAAUAUUCGACGAACCUAACAAAGCUGUACCUUUACCAAGAAAAAAUGGUACCAUUAAUAUUACAUUUUCUGAACGUACGUUUCCAACUCCAGCCAGAGAAAGUCAUUUGAUCGAAGAACAAGAAUGGUUGGAGAAACAAGCAGAAGCAAGGAGAAAAACUGGUUUUGUAGCUGAAGAUCUCAGACCAGAGGAACGAGACCCGCAAUGGUUAAAGGAUAAGGGAGAUGAAUUCUUCAAGGCUGGGAAUUAUUUGGGAGCUAUUAGUGCUUAUUCUCUCGGUAUAAAAAUUAGCGAUAAAAUGGCGUCUCUCUAUGUUAACAGAUCUGCGGCUCAUUAUGCUCUUGAAAAUUAUUAUAGAUGUACCGAAGAUUGUAGCAAAGCAUUAGAACUCAUGCAACCAAAAUGCGAAGCUAAUCGUGAAUCAAGGGCCAGGUGUCACGCUCGGCAAGGUGCAGCUCUUUGUAAAUUAUCUGCGCCACAACACGGCAUUCCUGAACUGGAAGCGGCAAUAAAAUUGGCACCGAAUAAUGAAAGCAUUAAACGUGAUCUAUUGAUUGCAAAACAAUAUUUUAAUAUCAAAGAUUAAAUAAAAACAAGUGAAAAUCUAAAAAGAAAGGAUUAUAAUAAAAUGAAAUAGUUGGUAAUAUUGAAAGUUAUUAUUUUAAUAUAAGAUUUUAAAAAAUAUAUAUGAACGUUUACAGACCUUAAUAGAUAAAAAUAUCACAGACACAAAUACCGUGGAUAUAUAAAUGGGCAGUA